GCGGCGGGGGCGGGCGCGUCGCCGGGCGCUGGCAACGCGGGCCCCCAGCCGCCCCCCGUCUCCUCCGCCGCCGACUUGCACCCCGCCUACCGCCUCAACCCCUACGUGGAGCAUCUCUACUCGUCGCUGCAGCACUCUAGUCCCUCCCUGCACGGCCUGGCGCUGAGCCCCGACUACCUGGCGCCGCGGUCGCUCGCCGAGCUGCCAGCCGCCUCCACCGUGGCCAGCGCCGAGUUCGCCUUCUCGCUGGACGGCUCGCGGCUGACCAGCCCGCGGCCGGGCAGCCUGCGCCAGAGCAGGAAGCGCGCGCUGUCCUCGUCGCCGUACUCGGACUCGUUCGACAUCAACUCGAUGAUCCGCUUCUCGCCCAACUCGCUGGCCUCCAUCGUCAACGGCGCCGGCAGCCGCUCCUCCAGCGCCAGCGGCAGCUACGGGCACCUCUCCGCCGGCGCCAUGAGCCCCGCGGUGGGGCUGCACCCGUCGGCGAGCGCGCAGCUGCAGCAGCUGCAGGCGCACCUGCUGCGCUCGGGCGCGCUGCUGCCGCCGCCCGUGCUGCCGCCCCCGCACCCGCACGCGCACGCCCACGCCCACGCGCACGCGCAGGCGCUCUUCGGGCUGCACGCGGCCGCGGCCGCCCAGCACCACCAUCAGCACCACCAGCACCAGCAGCACCAUCAGAACCACUCGGCACCCAGCACGCCCACGCCGCCCGCCGCCGUCGCCAAAGUCGAGGCCGCCAGCGAGAAGCUGCGCUGCGAGGCCUCCGGCGCGUCGUGCGGCGUCAGCGUGGUGGAGGCGGACACGAGCUCGUCGUCGACGCCUCACCAGCACCAGCAGCACCAGGUGCGCCACGCCCGGCCCACGGCGCGCAUCAAGCGGGAGCCCGCCUCCACCGCCCCCGCCUCCGCCGCCCCCGCCGUCUCGACCAGCCAGCAGGCGCUGUCGGUGGCGGCGCUGGCAGCGGCCGACGCCGACCUGGGCGUCGACGAGCCGGCGGACUUCAUCGAGACGCACUGCCACUGGCGCGACUGCGGCACGGAGUUCCCCACGCAGGACGACCUCGUCAAGCACAUCAACAACGACCACAUCCACACGAACAAGAAGUCGUUCGUCUGUCGCUGGGAGGGCUGCUCGCGGGCCGAGAAGCCGUUCAAGGCGCAGUACAUGCUGGUCGUCCACAUGCGCCGCCACACCGGGGAGAAGCCGCACAAGUGUACGUUCGAAGGUUGCAUCAAGGCGUACUCGCGGUUGGAGAACCUCAAGACACACUUACGCUCACACACGGGGGAGAAGCCGUACACGUGUGAGUACCCCGGAUGCAGCAAGGCCUUCAGUAAUGCCUCGGACCGUGCAAAGCACCAGAACCGCACACACUCCACCGAGAAGCCGUACGUGUGCAAAGCCCCAGGUUGUUCCAAGAGGUACACCGACCCCAGCUCGCUGCGCAAGCACGUCAAGACGGUGCACGGCGCCGAGUUCUACGCCAACAAAAAGCACAAGGGCUCGGACGGGGGCGGCAGUGCCGACGACGGGGGCGGCCCGGGGGGCGCGGACUUGGCAGGCGGCAGUCCUCGCAGUGAGGGGAUGCUCAGCAGCGGCAAGACGCCCAGCCUGUCCAGCCCCAGCGUCAAGUCCGAGGAGGCGAGUUCACCUAUGGGCCAGCACGGCAGCCCGCCGAGUGUGACACAGCACGCGAUCUGCGGGGGCGGGGAAGGCGGCGGCGGGGUCCAGGAUGACGCCCUCGUGGCGGACUCUGGCCACGCUCUGCUCACCGCCGCCGAGGAGUGGGCGGAGGAGGCUGUCGAUGAAAUCGAUCUGCCACCGGUAUCGGUGGGCCUGCAGGUGACGGUAGGAGGAGACGGAGUCGGCGGCGGCAGCGGGGGUCUCGGCUCCGCAGAGCGUUCCGCCCGCAGCAGACUCAAGUCCCGCAUGCACGCCAAGGGCAUUCCUGCACUCCCCACACUGGCUGGGGUCGGCAGUCCGCGCAAGUGCAGCCUCGGCAGCAGCCCACUGCUGGGCGACCUCAGCCGGCGCAUCGUCGACCUCAAGGUGGAGGGCGGGUGCGGCGGCGGCGGCGGCGGCGGGGGGCGGUCCGGCAGCACCGCCCUGCUGCAGACGCAGCUGGCAGACGCGGCGCAGGCCAGCUGCUCGCGCCGCGACAGCAACUCCACCGUCAGCACCUACUACGGCAGCAUGAAGUCCGGCGACGUCAGCCGCAGGAGCAGCCAAGUCUCGCAGAUGUCUGCCGCAUCCUGCCUGAGGCCAGCGGGUACCGGGGGCGGAGGUGGCGGCGGGGGCGGGGGCGGGGGCGGCUCGCUGUACGACCCCAUCUCGCCUGGCAGCUCGCGCCGCUCUUCGCAGUUGAGCAGCAACAGCUGCGGCCCCAGCCACCAGCAUCGGCUGCACGGCUCUUACUGCACCUCCAAUCUCGUCGUGCAGACGCAGAACAUGUCACUGCAGCAGCAGCAGUUCCUGGCGCACACGGGCGGUGGGUGCGCACAGCCACCCACUGCGACCGCAUCCGGAGUCGCUGCCGCUCGGCCGCCCGGCUGUGGCACGGGGGCGCCACCCCAGUCCUGCACGCCCGUCGGUCCGCCCCCCGAGCAGCUCCAGCGGCCACCGCCGCCCCCUUCGCGGCCCGCAUCCGCCAUACUACCGCCCAUCCCUCCGCGGGAACUGCACCCCAACCAGGAGGUGGUGCUCGACGAGGUGGCCGAGGGCGAGAUGGUCGAGAACAAGCUCGUCAUCCCGGACGACAUGUUGCAGUACCUCAGCGAGGUGGCGGACAACUCGAAGGACGCCCAGAGCCCGCGGCUCCCGACGGCAGCGCCGGCACCGACCGCCGCCGACACCGUCGGCUACCGGCAGCAGCAGGACCCGCCGCCGCAGCUCCCGCCCCCCACGCAGCCCUGCGGCAGCUACGUCCCGCCGUCGCCACAGCAGGCGGGACCCCCGGUGCCCCCGCACCACUACGGCCCCUGCGGCGGACCCGCGCACCAACUCCCUCCGGCGCAGCCGCAGCAGCAACAGCAGCACCGAGGCUGCGCUGCGGCCGCGGCCGGCGUGCCGUGCCACCACGCGCCCGUGUCGCCGCACCGGCAGCAGGCGCACGACUUCGCGGGCGGCAGUGCCGGCUACGGCUGUUACCGUCAGCACCACCAGCACAAGGUGUACGGCGGGAACGGCAGCUACUGCCACGGCGGCGGAGCCUACCACUGCCACGGCAGCCCGUCUCCGGCCGUCCAGGGGUACCAACAGCAGCACCAGCAACACGUGUUCCCACACCAGCAGCAGCAACACCUCUACCAGUCGCAGGUGAAUCAGAGCGGGGGUGGACUCGACCAGCAGCCGCUGGCCAGCCCGGCCGCAGGCGCGGCCGCCCCCGCGGGUCCGGGCCCCGGCGCGUGGCAGCAGGGGGCGGCGCAGCCCCUGCGGGUGCCGCCGACCGCCGCGGCUCCGCCCGCCUCCGGCCCCGCCCCCUGCGGCGGCUACGGAGCCGCGGGUUCCGCCUCCCAGUACCACCCCCACUCGCAGUACGGGGGAGCCCACGUGCCUUGCUCGUACCGGCAGCAGUACGGCGCGCCGCCGCCGCCGCCGCAGCACCACCCGCACUCCCACCAGCCGCCGCAGCCGCAACCGCAGACGCAACCGCCGUGCUGCGGCAGCUGCAGGCAGGCCCACCACCUGCCGCCGCAGCUGCUGCCGCAGGUGCAGCAGUCGUCCGACAGCUGGUCCGGCUACUCGCAGCAAGGCGCGACCUCGCUCCAGUUCCAACAGAGGAGCCUCGGCCAGCAGCAGCAUCGGAGUCCGGCAUUCCCACCCGCUCCGAGCUCUGUCCGGUCGGCCGGCUGUGCGCCGUCGUCCUACGCUUCACCUGCGCCCCAGCCUCCGGCACCCCCCUGCGAGAUCCAGUGCCGCGACAUCAGCCAGUCGUCGCCGGGGGCACCCAGCCCCGGGUACCGCGGUAUGCGCCACGAGGCGUACCGGCGUACACUCGAGUACGUGCAGCAGUGCCAGACGUGGGGCGGGGGUGGCCGGGGUGGGGGCGGCGGAGACGCCGGGGUCGUCUCCAGUACGACGCAACUCGUCCCGUCCCCUGCCGCGCCACCCCAGGGUGGCCCCGUCGUGCCGGAGGAAACGGCCAAGCCUGCACCGCCCACCUCCAACAUGGUCGUCAACGACCUCACUUCGUCACUCACUUCGCUGCUGGAAGAGAACAGGUUUUUGCAGAUGAUACAGUGACGCAGUUCAGUUUGUCCCGUGUAACCUGUCGGAGGAUGCCGUGCGAUACGAGGACACGGUGUGACCGAGUUUGUAGCGACGUGAGGUGCUGAAAAUAUGCCUCAAAUAUUAUGUGAGAUAGUGAGUGAAUUGUGCUGAAACACUGCUUUUGACACACAUCUUUUGCUUUUGAUGGCAGUGCUCUUAUGACUGCACAAAGUGAGAACAAAUACUGAAUGUACAUUUACUGAAGGCAUGACCGAUGCACCCGUAUUUGUGCUGGUAGAAAAAGUUACAUCGUGUCAACGAUCGCAAACAUUCGUACUUACACUUAUCGGUGUUAAAAUUUGACAUCCACUCCUAAACCGUAAGAUUAAUACAAUGUGCUUUGUGCAACUCUUUCUGUUGUUUAUAAAUUGAUACGAACACGAACAAUUUAAUAUAGAACAUUAUAAACAUUUCAGUGACAGUGACAUUGGGCUUGUACAGUGAGAACAAUAAACUGUAGCCAAAAUACUAGGCUAUUGUAAAUGCUCCUCACUGAAUUGUGGUUAUUAAUUCUUGGUACAAAGUAUGUUGCAGCCAAAUAAACUUUUGGAGCAUAUGCUCAAAUUUUGCAUUAAAAUUUGCUGCCACUAGCACUGAUGAGACAAUACAGUUGAUGUAAUUUAAAAUUGCAAUAUAUUUUUCCUAACUGGUAAACGAUUAUAAAAAUAAUUCUGAAAUGCAUGCAGCAUUGCAGUUUGUUUACUAUAGAUUUAAUGUUUGAAGAGAUUGUUAUACCUGAUUAGUGAGCUAAGUGUAAUUUUAUUUCAGCAUAAAGCCAGAAAUCCUUAAGCUAAAUGUGUAUGUCAAAUAAGUUAAAAAUACUAUAUGUGCUUUUCAAUUUGGUUUUGAUAUUCCUCAUUCAGUUUGUUAUUAUUAUUAUUUAAUGACACACCUGCGAGUAAAAUACAAGUUAUUCAUACAGAAAACUAAUGCAAAAUUGGUUUAUCAGAACUAUUUUCCUCGGAAGGUAAGUCCUUGGCAAUUUAAAAAAAAAGAGAGAUAUUGACAAAAUAUUCAAUGUUCUUCUAUGAUUUAGUUAAUUACAUUAAUACCUUUUAAUGUGGAUAACUGUGAAUUUAUAAGUGUUUUGAAAAUGAAUAUUAUAUUAAAUUUGUAAGAAACUACUUGGUAACAAAUAAAGUGGAAAAGCCAGGGUUGUAUAUGUUAUCCUGUUACAUAGAUGCCUUAAGAUUUUAUUCCCACCAUUCUUUCAUGUAAGCAGGGUCUACUAUUACAAUGAAACUAUGUAACCUGGUUGGCUUUUAAAUUUGUUUCUGCUCCUGCUGUUACUCAAGCAAGAGUGUGUGUUAUCUAAAGAUGUCAAUGUUAUCAAGAGAACAGAAACUGCACACUAUUCACACUGAGAUACUCAAGUGUUGUAUAUUUUUUUUAAAUAAAGUUGACGUUUAAAGGUGUUGACCACAGAGUAACUUAAAUAUGUACAGUUUUCUAAGUAAAUUUUAAUACAAUGUGCCAGUUUUUUUAUGAAAGCAAAUAAAG